AUGGCAAACAAUAAUGUGGGAGGAAGGAAAUUGGGCGAGCAGACAGAACAUGGACAGGGCAUUAAGUUCGAAACUCUCUACGACAAUGAUUAUGUCGUUGGCAACAAACUCACAGACGAGAAAAGAGCAGAACUCAACAAGAAUGCCGCCGAGAUCAAUGAAGCCUACUUUGAAUUCAUCACCGACGUCUAUCAGAGCGGAUGGGGCAACAAAUUUCACUUCAGCGGCUACCAACCCAACGAAUCCUGGGCCACAGCCGCAGCCCGCCACGAACACUACCUUGCUCUUAUCAUGGAAUUCAGGCCCGGUAUGAAGGUCCUCGAUCUAGGCUGUGGUGUCGCUGGUCCCGCACGCGAAAUGGCCAUCUUUGCUGGAGUCCACGUCACUGGCCUCACCAUCAACGACCUGCAUGUCGAGCGGAGCAACGAACUGAAUAAGCAAGCGAACUUGCAGGACCAAGUACACAUGAUCAAAGGCUCGUUUUCAGACCUACCAUUUGCUGACAAAACAUUCGACAUGAUCUUCGCCAUCGAGGCGCUAUGCUGUGCACCGGAUCAGCAUCGUGCGUAUACUGAGGCCCUUCGCGUGUUGAAACCUGGGGGCAAGAUUGGUAUCCUGGAUUGGGUUAUAACGGACAAAUACGAUGACUCCAAUGCAGACCAUCGCAUGAUUCGGGGGAGGAUCGAGAGGAAUGGCGCUGUGCCGCAUAUGAUCACGCCCAAGACCAGGGUUGCGGCGUUGGAGAAGGCGGGCUUCGAGAUGGUUCAUGAGGAGGAUCGUGCUACUGCCAAGGCCAAUCCGAUACCGUGGUGGUGA